CUAACGUGCCCACCAGACAGACGCCAACCGUAGCCUGUAAGUGGAGGGAAGUCACUACCUACCUACAGUACUGUUGUCCAUCUUCUCCAGUCGCGCCGAAAUUAUUUCUCCAACCAGAUACGCGAUCGAUCCAGCCUCAUCAUCGCCUAUAUCGUCUCUUGGUCCGAACAUUCAUCUAUCAACGAUAACCUAGAAAGGUUGCGAUUUUCUUUACAGCUAUUCUACAUCUCCAUGACUCGCCGCAGAUAGAAUUCUGGUAGCUGCGACACCGCGCCUUCACGUAUUCUUAAUUCUGAACUUUGGAAUACCUCUUCGCCUUGGGUACCCCUGCCUUCUCGCCGUGCUUGAAUCCAAUCUAAGCUUCAACGCCAACAGCGAAGAUGGAAGAGCAGGCCAGCUACGGCCCUCCAGCCAAUGGAGCUUCCCCUGGCAGCAAUCCGAAUUUAGCGCAACCACAUCAGCAAGCUGAUGCAGCUUCUGCGCCUGGCCAGCCUGAUGAUAUUCAGAUGUCCGAGGGCCCAUCAACCGACCCUGUUAUUAAGCAAGACAGCACUACUCCUGCACCUACGGGUACCUCAGAUAAUCCCCUCGAUGCGCCUCCAGCACCACCUGCUGAAUCCACUCUAGCUAAAGAAGACGAGGAGAUGGGCGAUGCUUCCGCUGCGUCCAAGGAUAAGGAACAAGCAGCCAAGGAUGGUGAAGACGGCGCACCAGGCGCAGACGGUGCAGCACAAGAGGCCAAAUCGAAAGAAAGCAUUGAGAAUGCUGCUAGAGAACACUUGAUAUCUCAAACCCACGCCAUUGUACUCCCAAGUUACAGCACAUGGUUCGACAUGAACGACAUCAAUAACAUAGAGCGCAAGGCCUUGCCUGAGUUCUUCAACAGCAGGAAUCGAAGCAAGACACCCCAUGUCUAUAAGGAUUAUCGCGACUUUAUGAUCAACACUUACCGGUUAAACCCCGUGGAAUACUUGACAGUCACUGCGUGCCGACGUAACCUAGCUGGUGAUGUAUGCGCCAUAAUGCGUGUGCAUGCCUUUCUAGAGCAAUGGGGCUUGAUCAACUACCAGGUCGACGCGGAUCAGCGUCCUUCCCAAGUCGGUCCCCCCUUCACCGGGCACUUCAAGGUCAUCUGUGACACUCCUCGUGGACUUCAGCCUUGGCAGCCUGCAGCAGAUCCGAUUCUACUGGAAGGCAAGAAAAAUUCUGACACGGACCAAAAAGCUCAUGCGGCCGCCACUGCUGCUGGUGAACGAAACCUCGAGAUCGGCCGCAACAUCUAUGAAGCUAAUGCGAAAGGCACAAAAGUCACCAAAACCGAGAACAAACCUAACGGCGAAUCAGCCACUAACGGUACCGAUGAUGGUCUGAAGGGCCCCAUUGCGAAGGUCUUUUGUCAAACUUGCGGCAUUGACUGUACGCGUCUUUAUUACCACCUUCCCGAGGCGAAGGCUGCGGACAAGACUAAGCAUGACGUCUGCUCGACAUGUUAUUUGGAGGGGCGCAUACCGAGCAACCAAACAAACAACCAAUUUGUUCGAGUGGAAAACAAAGCUUACUCUACUGUUCUCGAACGCGAUGCUCCAUGGAGCGAUGCUGAGAUUCUCCGACUUCUUGAAGGGCUUGAGCAAUAUGAUGACGAUUGGUCUGAAAUUGCCGAACAUGUUGGAACCCGGACCAGAGAAGAAUGCGUCUUGCAAUUCCUUCAAUUAGAUAUCGAAGACAAAUACCUUGAGUCAGAAGCUCCCGUCCGAGCUCCGAUAGGUAUGCCUAUGCUGGGAAGCCAUGGUGGCUUCCUUCCUUUCAGCCAGACUGAUAAUCCAGUUAUGUCCGUCAUUGCCUUCCUCGCUAGUCUUGCCGAUCCAAAAUCAACUGCAGCGGCCGCAAAGAAAUCUGUUGAGGAGCUUCAACAGGGACUGCGUAAACGGAUCGAAGGUGGCGAUGCGACAAAGGUAAAUGGAAAAGGCAAAGAGAAAGAAGGAGAUUCAAUGGAGAUCGAUAUUCAGCAAGAAACCACUACUACCACUACUACCACCACCACCACAACUACCAAUACCCUUGCGACCAUACCGCUAGCAGCUAUGGGAGCGAGAGCCGGAGGGCUAGCAUCUCAUGAAGAACGAGAAAUGACUCGUCUACUGUCCGCCGCAGUCAAUGUUACCCUCCAGAAGAUGGAAUUGAAGCUCAAAUAUUUCGAUGAGAUGGAGAGUAUUCUCCAAGCUGAGCGACGUGAGCUUGAGCGGGGCAGGCAGCAGCUAUUCCUUGAUCGCUUAGCAUUCAAGAGACGGGUUCGCGAGGCCCAGAAUGGGUCGAACUCUGGAGGUGACUUGAAGAGUACCGAAAUGAAUGGCACCAGUCUGACAUUCAUGUCCGCUCCAGCUGCGGGUGCUGUUCAGCCUCUGAGUAGCGAUGGAGCUAUCAAAAGCUACGAAGCCUAGGGAGCCUGGAGGCAUCUGUAUUACCAAUAUGCGGCAGAGGCGAAUGCGCGGUCGGGUGCAGGUGGCGAAUCAAUGGGAUAUCUUUAAGGGACAAGGUCUGGCUUUGUGAUUCAUACAUUUAAACUGCUCAUGUUUCUAAUACGGCGUUUCAUCUCGGGCCUUUGGCACAGUACAUUGUUUUCUCCCAUGUUUAUCAGAAGUAGUGUCAUUCAAUAAAUGUACCACCAUUAUUGCCGGUGCACAACAAUCGGUUACUCGCUC